AUGCCAACAAACCGAGCUGCAUGGGUAGUCACCCAGGGCAAACCUCUCGAGGUCAAAGAAGCACCUUACACCCCACCCGGUCCCAACGAAGUCGUAGUCAAGAAUGCUGCUGUGGCCAUCAACCCUGUAGAUUGGCUACUUCCAAACGUCGUCAGCAUGUUUACUCCUCAAGUCAAGCUCCCAUUCAUCUUUGGCGACGAUUGCGCGGGCACAGUCGUUGAAGUGGGACAAAGAGUCAACACCCUCAAAGUGGGCGAUCGCGUGCUGGGUCUAGCAGUCAGCUUCGACAAGCGCUCCAACAAGGCUAGCGAAGGUGCUUUCCAAGAGUACACUGUCCUGAGAACAACCCUUACGAGUAAGAUUCCGGACUGGAUAUCAUUCGAGUCUGCAUCGGUCAUACCUCUUGGCUUGGCUACUGCGGCUUGUGGACUGUUCCUGGAAGACUUCCUCGGUCUUCAGCUACCCACUGCUCCGAAACCGCAGAAGCCUACUGGAGAGACUGUGAUUAUCUGGGGAGGAAGCACGAGUGUUGGGUAUGCAAACCACAAACAACAAGUUGUUGGCCUCACUGACAAGCAGACAGANUGCAAUGCCAUUCAGCUCGCUGUUGCUGCCGGAUAUGAAGUCAUAUCGACCGCUUCCCCCAGAAACCAAGCGUACUUGAAAAGCCUAGGUGCUACCGAAGUAUACGACUACAACAGCCCAACCGUGGUACAAGACAUCGUAGCCACCAUGAACAACAAGCACAGAAUUUCCGCGGGCGCAUAUGCAAUCGGCGUCGGAUCCCUAAAUGCCUGCAUCGACAUCCUUAGCAAAACCAAGGGCAAAAAGUUCGUCGCCCAAGCCAGCCAUGAUAUCCCAAUGAAGGAGUUCCCAACAAAUAUGCUCGCAAUCAUGUGGAAGAUGGGAUCCAGUUUCGUGGGUUGGAAGCUCAAGGGUUUUACCAAGGGCGUAGGGUACAAGUUUGUUUGGUCCACAGAAGUCAUGGCGAACAAGCUUGGCUCCGAUAUUUACGAGAAGUUCUUGCCUGUCGCAUUGGCGGAAAAGUCGUUCUUGCCAGCUCCAGAGCCUCAAGUGGCUGGGAAGGGUCUCGAGGGAAUUGAGGAGGCGUUCGAGGUUGCUAAGAAGGGAGUCAGUGCAAAGAAGAUUGUUGUUAGUCUCUCAUGA